AUCUGCCCAUCCUCAACUCUACGUAGGUCCGCUUCUGAAGGCACCCUCGAAAAACAAGAAGUCAGCAUGGACGUGGUCUAUUCAAGAGUGAUUGAGAGACAUGUCAUCCGAGAUCGAGGUCGUUGAAGAGAUCCAGUAUCGGAAUCUGCAACCUGCGGUUUCCGGCACUGCGUCCGGCGGUGAUGAAUUGGGGGAGGUAAGCUUGCGGAACGAUGUCUACACCGCUGCGACUUAUGGGGAUUUGGACAAGCUUCAUAGAUUGGUAGAGCAGGAGGGUUGCUCCGUGUCGGUGCCCGAUGGGCUCGGAUACUACGCCCUCCAGUGGGCUGCGCUUAACAAUCAUACUGCCGCUGCUCAAUACAUCAUUGAGCAUGGAGCAGAUGUGAACGCAACAGAUCAUGCCGGCCAGACAGCAUUACAUUGGAGUGCAGUAAAUGGUGCCAUCCAGGUUGCAGAGCUUUUGCUCCAAGAAGGUGCACGAGCUAGUGCUGCUGAUAUGAAUGGGUAUCAGACAACGCAUGUUGCAGCUCAAUUCGGUCAGACAGCUUUGCUCUACCACAUUGUUUCAAAAUGGAAUGCUGACCCUGAUGUUCCUGAUAAUUAUGGAAGAAGCCAAUUGCAUUGGGCUGCAUACAAAGGCUUUGGUGAUUGCAUUCGUCUUCUGAUUUUCCUAGAUGCACAUAGGGGGCGGCAGGACAAUGAGGGUCGCACUCCUCUCCAUUGGGCUGCUUUCAGGGGUAAUUUGGAGGCAUGUACUGUGCUAGUAUGGGCUGGCAAGAAAGAGGACCUCGUUGUUUCUGAUAAUACUGGCCUUACUCCUGCACAGCUUGCUUCUGAUAAGAAUCAUAGACAAGUUGCUUUCUUCCUCGGUAAUGCCAGAAGGUUGCUUGGUAGGCGCUAUGAUGGUAAUAGCCGCCUUGGAAAAGUCUCCAAAUUAGGACUUGCUCCUGUACUUUGGUGUAUUAUUUUUGUGCUCCUGGUCACCUAUAUUCACUCGGUCAUCUUGGCAACAAAUCUGCCAAAACGAACAGCUGCCUCUGGUCUUCUUGCAUGGCUUGGAGUUUUCCUUGCAACUGCUGGAUCAUUCAUGUUUUACAGGUGUAGCAGCAGCAAAGAUCCCGGUUUCAUCAGAAUGAACGUGCAUGACUCUGAGAAUAACAAAGAUGAUGAACCUCUCUUAAAGAUUGAGAUAAAUCAUCCUGCAUUGCUUGCUGGAAAUUGGUCCCAUCUUUGUGCAACAUGCAAGAUUGUCAGGCCCCUUCGUGCAAAGCACUGUUCUACCUGUAAUCGUUGUGUGGAACAAUUUGAUCAUCAUUGUCCUUGGGUAUCUAAUUGCAUCGGCAAGCGGAACAAAUGGGAAUUCUUUGUUUUUCUCGUUCUUGAAGUUUUAGCAAUGUUGAUCACUGGUGGAGUUACUCUUACGAGAAUAUUAACUGAUCCACUUGCUCCUUCAUCAUUUGGUGCACGGAUUCAAUUUGCAUUUACACAUCUUGUGGGGGCUACAUCAUUUCUAGCUGUUGAUUUUUUCCUCUUCUUUAAUGUGUUAUUCAUGACAGUUGUCCAAGCUAAUCAGAUAUCACAAAAUAUUACAACAAAUGAAAUGGCAAACGCAGUGCGAUAUAGCUACCUUAGAGGUGCGGGCGGUAGGUUCAGAAAUCCAUAUGAUCAUGGGAUCAAGAAGAAUUGUACAGAUUUCUUCAUCAAUGGAUCCAAUGAAGAUGUGCAGUUAAUUGAAGAAUCGGAUAACUCUGAGGGUAUAGGAAUGAUAAACAUCUCAAGGAUCUCAAGCCUAGCCAACGGAGACUCACAUUCUUACAUUGCAAAGAGCAACGGCCAUACUGUCAUUAAUGUUGGUUCCAGAAGCGCCAGCUCUAAUUCGCACCAUGCUCGUGCUCAUCUCAGUCAUGGCAAUUGUCAUGCUCAUUGCUCUCGUUGUUGCCACAAUGGCAAAACAAAAAAUGAGAGUGUUCCUCUGGGCUUAGGUCAUGGUCUUGGUUGGAACACCGGAUCUGGUGCAUCCUCAUCAUGAUAAUUACUUGUCUGGCUUCAUACGAAAGUGUAACGUACCAUAGGCAUGCAUCUGGGUUAGUUUUUUGGUCAAUUCUAUUUAUUGUGGCUCUAAUCCACCACCCAGGGUGCAAUUUUGUGGCGUUGUAUUUUUCUUCUCUUCUAUCAGGGCCUAUUUACAGUCUGUGAAAUCAAGUGACCUAACUUGACUUCCUGAUAAAGUGCUUUUGUUUCUUUAGCAUGUUAGGAGACAAGAUCGAGGAACUUUUGUGAGUCAUCGAGGGAAUAGAAAUGAAUUGUUCCUUAUGGAUUGGAAUAAACAAGGAAAAAAAAAAGAGAAAUAGAAAGUCAUGUAUCAUCUUCAUCCCACUGAUUCAGAACAACGAAGAAAUAAUACUUUAUUGUUGUCUAGCUAGUCAUAGUGAAUGUAAUACAUACAUUAAUUUGUAAGUUAGCCUUUUUUUUUUUUUUUUGGUUCACUUUGAGGUUAAUAUCAAUGUAUUCUGUCUUCUGACUUCUGAGUCUCAGCCAAGUUCUCUUAUCCUUUUUACAUGUACUGAAAAUUAUGGUUCACUGGUUAUUUAACAUCAAGCAAGGAUGUUACAUUAGAUUUGCAGCUUAAAUGCAUAGAGGGUCACUGCUGAGUAACUUA